AUGCCUGACCACUCAUCUGCUCAAUCAUAUGUCACAAACAACCAUCAACUUCAACAACACCCUUAUCCGAUGCAACAAGUCCCACCACCACCGCAUGAGGUAGUUCAACAGCAAUACCAACAGCAAGCAGUGUCACAACAGAAUGGAGAAUAUCAAACCCCUAGCUAUCAAGUAAAUCAGUUUUAUGCUGAACAGAAUCUGUAUCAACAAAUGCAAUUGCAUAAAAUGAAGGUUGCACAGGAACAAGCCAGACUUGAACAACAGCAACAACAACAGCGGCAACAGCAACAGCAACAGCAACAGCAGCAGCAACAACAACAGCAACAACAACAACAACAGCAACAACAACGGCAACAGCAGCAGACUCAGCGUACAAAAAAGGCUAAACCCGUUGUAACAAUGACGCCCAAGAAGAAAAGAGGAAGACCACCAAAGCCCGACUCAUUUACUCAAAAAAUCACUAGUACAAUGAAUAUCAAUGUUAAUACUUCUCCCUUGAGCAGCAGUCCCGCGCAAUCGAACUCCAACUCUGCCGCCAAGCAGGGUGCUCCAGAUGUUUUCACUCCUUUGAUGAGAGUCAGCCCUUCUUCCAAAGCUUCCAAGAGAAGAAGAAAAAACUCAACCACGUCAACUACUUCCGACCCAUCACCUCGUUUGCCGAAAAAGGCCAAAUCGUUUUCCCUUCCUUCAACUACAUUGGCAACACCAUUGUCAGCUGUUGGCAGCAGCUUUCCCAGCUCCAUUGAAUCACAGUACCAUCUCAAUAAAAACACCUUGGACAAUAUUUCAAUGAUUACUCAACUGCAACUGCAACAUCUAGCUGGUUCAGCUGGUUCAGCAGCAGCAGCACCUCAUUUACAUUUGAAACCUAUCAGGUCUCAAUCUCUAUACAAUACUCCUCCAAGCAGCUCCACAGCACAAAAAAACGAGAACUUCAUGCCGCACCAUCAAAACUUGGAUGCAAUGAAAUCACAAGAAUAUGUCAAUGCUUCACCAACUAGAAAGAAAUCACCAGAUACCAAUCUUUUGCCUCCUGCUUUGUUGAAUGCACCUAAAGCAGAGAAAGACACAAAAUCGACAACAUCUGAUGAUUUCCAAUUGAAGUUGGUUAUAGAUGAGCUGGGUAAGGCGGUGUUGUCAAGCGAUAUGUUCAAACCUACUCUUGCGCCGGCUCCAACCCAACAAGAACCGCAAGAUCCAGAACAACAGGAGCAACACCAGAAACAGCAACAACAAAUGCAACUACCACCACUACCAUCACCACCAUUGGUUCGUACAGCCAGUGAUUCAAUCGGAGAGAAACCAUCUACAUCAACUCCUUCUCGUGGAAUUUUACGCAGAUGCAACUCAGAUAUCACUGGCACAGUAACCCAACCCAAGUUAGAGUCACAAUUGGCCACAGUUAAUGAGAAUUUCAUGACAAAUCCCCAAACUCCAAAGGACAACUACAUGUAUGUAUCUACCGGACUCACACCAAUUUUCAACUUGACUCCCCAAUUCAAUUCGUUAAUGAACUCAGUAAUGAGUUUGAAUUCACCCCAGUAUAAAAAGGGUAUGAAUCCAUUCUUGGUGAAUCAAGAGAUUUUCACCAGUGAGCUGCAGAAUCUGCAAAUGCCACAUCAAAUCCCCAUUACCCUUUCCCAUAUCCAUCAUUUGGAGAAUUUGGCCGAGCACCCAGAAGAGAAGCUGAUGGCAGCACCAGAGACGGUGGCUACUACUACAUCAGAGCAGAGUCUUAUUGAUGUGGAUCACGAUGAGGGUCAUAUCAAUUCUGAUGAUUCAGGGGAUGCCAGACUCGCUUUGAAGCGAGUCAUGUACGUUCCUAGAGAAUAA